UCUAGUGGAGGUACCAAUCCAUACAAUAGAAAAAAAUACUAUAAUAAUAAUCGUCUUCAUUAUGUCAACAUUAUUUAAAGGAGGCCCAACCCAUACAAAAGAAAUACACCAUCCGUGGCAAAAAUAUAUUAAGGAUGUUCACAGCAACAACUUUAAAACAGCUCAUAACACCGUGAAUAAUCCUCAGUAUCCAAAGAAAAAACAGAAAAUACCCAACAAAAGAAAUCUUAUAAAGUUCACAAUAAUUGGCGAUAGAUUUAAUAAGGAAUUUAUCCACUCUGUUUAUUUAGUGAAAGACUUGCAUAAGUAUCGCUGGAAAAUAUUUGAUGCACCAAUUAUAAGAGGUGUGACCACAGUAGAAUGGCCGAAAGUUUGGAAUGAACUAAAACUGCAACAUGGAGGCAUCGCAUUUGGUUUGCAGAGUCCAUUGGCUGUAUUGAUAAACGAUAAAUUCCUUGGAGGCAAUAAGGAAUUGAGAGAACUAUUGGCAUCACGAUUUGAUUAUCAUCUUAGUUUAGAUUAUUACAAAGAAGGAGUUGGGAACUUUGUAAAUUUUGUUAGAUCUUCUGGGAGACCAUGUGCGUACAUGCACAUUUCAAUACACUCCGAACAUGUGGGGACUUUGAUUUUUAUGCUUUAUGCAGAUUUAGUACCAUACACGUGUGAAAACUUUCUUCGCCUCUGUGAAACUAAAAGAGGUGGUUACUCUGGCACUCCAGUCCACCGUAUUGUAAAAGAUGGCUGGAUCCAGUGCGGGGGAUUCGGCCUUAAGAGCACUGAUUUGGAUUGUGAAAACUUUAUUGUUCCUCACGAUAGACGUGGUGUACUUUGUAUGGCUAAUAAUGGAAGACACGUAGAUUGUUCGACGCAGUUUUUUGUUCUACUUCAAUCAGCGCCCUGGAUGGCUCACAAAUACGUCGCCUUUGGACAGUUAAUCGACGGGGAUUCCACAUUAAAAGCGAUUGAAUCAGUACAAACCUUUUAUGAAUCUCCUACAAUUUCUGUUCAAAUUGAAAAAGCAGGUGUACUGAAUUUAGAAUGUCACGGUAUACGAGUCAGUAAAACUACAAAUGAAUAUAUUCAAGGGCAUAUUGAAGACCUUAUUGCUUUGGGUGAUCUUCUUGGGGAGGAACUCAUGGAAAAAGUGUUUCUAGAGAUAGAAUUGAAGCAUGUGAUGCAACUAGAAAUGGAAAAAGGUGAAGCGGAGCAAAGCGAGUCAGUGAUAGGGGAAGAAAGUAGAAUUCACGCAACGAAAAGAUUCAUUCGAAAGAAAGAAGAUUUGGAAAAACUUCAAAAGAGUCAAACCUAUACGAGUAGAGCGUCCUCUGCUGUGAGCCAAGAACAGCAAGUUAAUAAUGAUUUUGAUGUGGAUGAAUAUGAACCAGAAGAAUAUUCGUAUCAACAAGUAUCAUUAACAAGAACUGUAAGCGUGGUUGUAAAACCAGAAAAACCGUUUUAUAUACCCCUAACAGAUGUGACUUACCCUGGUGAAAAGGAUUCUACAUAUGAUCUAAAAAAAUUUUUGCGCGGAGAUUAUUGUCUAGAAAGUGAUUUGGUAAGCACCAAACACAAAAAAGAAAUUAGAAAAAACUUAUCUUUCACCGAUAUCUACAAACUGGAUGAUGAAUCAGACAAUAUAUCACUGGAAUCACUAUCAUCAGAUGAUGAACAAGAGAUCCGGAGAUAUUUAAAGCUAAAUAUUGACCGUGUGAGCUUUGCUGGCAGCGUUGUAAGAAACAUUGCGAGGAACAUGGCAAAACGAAAAUGUGAAUUAAUCACCGAUGAAGAGCUAAGAAGAUUUAGAAUAGCUUCAAAGAAUCACCAAUGCCGGGAGAAUAAGAAAGUAUCAAUAAGUUCGGCUACGCCUCAACUAAAGGAACCAUCCAAAAUAAAGAGGCGACAAACAGGUUUUGUCCGACCCGAAGACUUGGAAAAAAUCUAUUUAAUACGCCAAAAAUGGAAUUCUAAAACCGAUACAGAAGACGAAGAAUCCACGACUUCGGUGACAGAAUCUCGCAAAGUUCGUAUAGCAGAGUCGGCAAAAACCCCUUCCCAAAUACGUACCAGCCAGAAACAGAUCCAACGCAGAGUAACAGGAAGCGUCCAACCUUCCCAUCUCUCAGACUCCGAUAUACAAGUCCGAAGACAAUCAGCUUUGUCGCGAUUGUACGAUAAUAUGACUGAAUAUGAUAACGACGAGGAAGGACCAACUCUGAGAGGCUAUAAAUCACCUUCAAUUAAGCAAAAGAAUUUCAUUUUAACACAAAGUCCAAUGCGUGGCAUAAAACAUUUCUCUAGGGAUAGUGGUAAUUUUUCUCAAGAUAAUCACUUACGCCCGCUCCACUCAGUCACAAUCGAAGGCAGCUCUAUCGAACAAGUACUUAACGUACAGCAUAGCAGAAAAUUCGCUCGCAAAAUUUCCUCCGAUUACGUCAAAACGAUCGAUCAAAUUGAACAUAGACUUGAAAGCUCAAUCCGGAGUGUGGAGUUUGCGAAAACGCGUCCCUCGAUGACAGUUUCAGAAUACCAACUGAAGAAUCUAAAACAUCAAGAGUCGAUGAAAAAAGCAAAUCAUGAUAUUGACGGGUUACGCCUACCAGGAGAUACACCUCUGUACUCAAUGACAGAUAUCUAGGAAACCCAAAAGAACUGGCCAUACGUAAUACGUAUCUAAAGUGAAGACUAAAAACUACGAAAAUUGAGUCACUUUUGUAGAGUGUUAUCUUCUACUCUCAUGCAUUUUAUAUCUUCUAUCCUACUCAUCACCAAGCAUGAAUUUUUUACGCCAUGUACUUAGAUGAAUCAAACACGUUUAUGAUAUAAAUAAUGUUAUUGGUUUUACAUAAUACAUUUUUUGACGAAUUAGCAUUUUAAAUUAGUUUCAAUUUUUUGUAUUAGUAUUUAGUAUAAGGAGGUAUACACUAAAAUUAAAAACAAAUGAAUAAAAAAAAAACAUUUAAUAAUCACUGAAAUUACGUACACAAGAUUUUCCUUUACAAUAUAUUAUUUUAAUACUACAAGGUACAAUACGGUAACAAUCACAAUGCAAUAAGUUGAAGAAUUCGUUGAGUUCAUAUUUCAUUUCACUACAGCAACAAUACUGCGUUGAAUGCAGCUAGGUCUGCGAUCACCUUUAAAACCUUAUUGCAUUGCGUAACAAAAACAAUUCUAUUAACAAAAUCACUGUCAGAAUAUUAUUUACAUGUUUUGCAAGUGGACAUUUAUGUAUUAUUUGUAUCGAAUUCAUUUUUUUUACUGCUAAAAUUGCAAAGAUCAUGUGCGGACGUAAGCGAAGUACCGUUCGAAAC